AUGACAAUACCUAGCUAUGGAGUAAUGUUUAGAUUAGGGAAAAUAGUGAUUAGUGCACUCCCUCCCUCAUCUAAAAGCCAAGUCGUCCGAUACAUUUACAUUUCUAUUUACAACUACGUCGUGUUUUCCAUAAGGAUAUACAGAAAGGCAUGAAAGUAUAGCCUAUUCCCAGGGGCACUUUUAUCACACAGGACCUCUGCUAAUAGCAGAGUCCUUCCUAGCUGCUUGAGUGAAGAUGGCGCAGGCACUAUCAGAGGAGGAGUUCCAUCGGAUGCAGGCUCAGCUUUUAGAGCUGAGGACACAGAACUACCAACUUUCAGAUGACCUGCGGAAGAACACAACUGAGCUGAAUGCUGUUCGUCUGAAGACUGUGACCUUGGAGAAAGAUUACAUCAAAGCACAUAAGGCUCUGAAUAAAAGCAAGAAAGCUCAGGAGGUGGAUGCAUUACUCAGCGAGAACGAGAUGCUGCAAGGCAAGCUGCACAGCCAAGAGGACGACUUCAGACUGCAAAACAGCACCCUGAUGCAGGAGCUGUCCAAGUUAUGUACUCAGAUAGAGGAGCUACAACAUGAAAUCAAAGAGCUAAAGGAUGGCAAGGGGCUGCAGGCUGAAUCCUCCGGUACCAUCUCCAUCUCUGUGGAUGGAGAGUUACUGCGCCUCCAGGCAGAGAACGCUGCCCUUCAGAAAAAGAUGACGGCCCUUCAGGAGCGCCAUGAGAGUGAGAUAAAGAGCCAGAUGGGAGCGGAGGUCAGUGAAACCAAAGCCUCAGAGACAGAUGGCCUGGCUGACACCAACGGUGUCCGGUUGCACUCUGACGUCAGUGAGACCAGGGAGGACUCUGCAGCCGGAACCAAUGACAGACUGGAACAGGCGGAGGCAAAGUGUGCCAAACUGGAACAGCGAGUGACUGAGCUAAGUGGACCUGCAGUGAGGACCCCCGGGCUAGUUAUGAAACAGGAUGCUCUUAGGUGGUCAGCACUGUGUCCAAAUCCAAUAACGCAAUGCUUUGGGCCAGAGGUGGAGCUGCAGCUGCACACUGAGGUGGAGGAGAAGCGCCUACUGAAGGAGCAGCUCCAAGCACUAGAGUCAUCCAAACAGGCAGACAUCACUCAACUUCAAGAAGAAAUAGCAAAGCUCUCUGAUAAAUUGAAGAAAAAACAAGACCGCUUUCUGCGUUCGCAAGCUGAAAAAGAAGCCCUUUAUAAUGACAGCAGGACUAAAAUCGAUGAGAUUCAACAGAGGAAGGAGGAGGAGCUAAAGUCAUUGAACAUCCGCAUCCAGAAGUUACAGGGAGAUCUGCUGUCAGCAAACCAGAGUGUUGGAGAGAUGAAGGAGCAGCUACAGAGCCGACAGAAGGAGCAUGAGUUAGUUCUACACACACUCAGAGAUCAGAUAGCGUGUCAGAGUGCUGUGAGUCAGGAGCAGGUGGAGAAUAUCCUGACUGAGAACGAUGCUCUCAGGACUAACCUAGUCGCUCUGGAACAGAUUCAGACAGUGAAGACUCAGGAGAUGAACCUUUUGCAUGACCAAAACACGGCUCUGAACGUUGAGCUGCAGCAGAGACGGACAGAGCAGGAGAGCUUCCUGGCACAGAGAGAUGACCUUAACUCUCAGCUACAGGAGGGGAACCGUGCCAACAGCAGACUGUUGGAACAGCUGACUGUAUUGGACCAAUGGAAAGACCGAUUACAGCAAGAGCUGGAGGAGGCUAAAAAGACAGCUGACAAGCGGAAGGCCAUGCUGGAUGAACUGGCCAUGGAGAUAAUCACAGAGAAGUCCCGGCACAAGGAGGAGCUGAGCGACGUGCGUCUGCAGCAUGAGAAGGAGGUGCUGGGGGUGCGGGCACGCUACGAGAAGGAGCUGAGGGGACUCCAUGAGGACAAGAACCGCACAGAGGAGGGGAUCCGCUCACAGCUCCGAGACGAGAAGGCUCGCAAUAAGGAGCUGGAGGGUCUGCAGCAGUAUGUGGAGGAGCUGCAGGCCCAGGUCCAGUCCAUGGAGGACACUAAGGGCUGGUUUGAACGCAGACUCAAAGAUGCUGAGGAGAGCAUGGAGAAGAGCUGUCUGGAGCACCAGGAGAGCACGGAGAAGCUGCAGAAAGAACACUCUCUCCAACUAGAGGUAAAGGCAUCUGAUAUAGAUGGUGUGAACCUGCAGUUGACAGAGGUAGAGAAGGAAAGGGAUGUGCAUUUUGAAACCAUUGGAAAACUGAAGCAGGAGAUUAAAGACACGGUGGAUGGCCAGAGGAUCCUGGAGAAGAAAGGUAGUUCAGCACUGAAAGACUUGAAGAGGCAGCUACAGCUGGAGAGGAAGAGAGCUGAUAAACUCCAGGAGCGACUACAGGAGAUCCUCACCAACACUAAGACCAGGACAGGCCUGGAAGAGCUGGUGUUGUCAGAGAUCAGCUCUCCUAGUCCUAAGCAGCAGAGGGGAGAUAACAGCAGUGUCUCGUCCUUCAGCUACGGGGAGAUCAUGAAGGAGGGAGCCACAUCACAGAGCAUCAACAAGUCCGCCAGUGGCAGCCCCCAGUCCCAGCGGCCUGCUGACCUGUCUGAUGAUGAGGUUGGGGAGCUGUUCCAGAGGCUGGCUGGGGUGCAGCAGGAGAAGUGGAUGUUGGAGGAGAAGGUGAAACACCUAGAGGUCAGCUGCUCCUCCAUGGCUGAUGACAUCUGUAAGAAAAGUUCUAUCAUCGAGACCUAUGUCAUGGACAGCAGGAUAGCACAUGGUGCACAUGGUGCAACGGCGGUUGCCCAUCACGUGGGCCAGGUGGGGGGACAUGGACAUGGCUUGGGCUCUGUGCUCAGGGACCUGGUGAAGCCUGGGGACGAGAACAUGCGGGAAAUGAACAAGAAGCUGCAGAACAUGCUGGAAGAACAGCUGACCAAGAACAUGCAUUUACAGAAGGACCUUGAAGUUCUGUCUCAGGAGAUUGUCCGUUUAAGUAAAGACUCAAGUCCUGGAGCUGGCUCUGCUACGGGCUAAAAGACUGGAACAAGUCCAUCCUCUCUGCCCUCUCUCUUCACCUGUUUCUGUGGCCAACAAGAGGACAUUACCUAACUGACUGACUGAACCUCUGGCUGGGAACACAGAUGAAAGGAGAGGGAUAGAGGAGGGUAGGAAGGGGUUAGUUCUCUUGAAACUGCUUUACUACUGAAUGUACUUACUGUAACAUGUCUUGGUUCUUUCUGUGGUAUUGUGAUCUGACUUCUGUCUGUCUGCACUCUCUGCCUCCCCACUCUGGUGUGAUCUGAAGAAUAGCAGAAGGCAACAAUGUCUGGAUGCCAGGACACAGUGCUUUACUGGUUCACGACUUCAAGAGAUUGUUUAAUGUUGCGAAUAACAAGAGACGUUCUGCCUACUCAUAUAGAGGCUUAAGCUGUUGUGUUUUGCCUGUACUCGUAUUCAUUUCUUUAUACUUUCAACUCUGCAACUCUUGUUUUUGUUUGUAUAAAUCCUGUAUAUAUGAAUAUGAAAAAUCAACUGUAGUGAUUUAACUGUCCUCAGAGUAAUAAGUAUUGUAAUGAAACAGCAGGGUCGUUACAGUAUUGUAUAUGAGCCAAAAUGAUUGUAAAGAUUUUAUGUCCGUCAUACAUUCUAGAUGCUGAAAUGUCCAGUUUGAGUUUGUCUGGGGAAAGUGUGAGUAUCCUAAAGCCAGUAGUAAAAAAAUAUAUAUAUUUACAAAAACUCAAUAACAUGCAUAGUGUUGAGGACUGGACCAAACCACCACUACUUUUUGGGGAAUGGACAAAACCACUCCUAUCUCUGGGUCGCUGGACCACACCACCCCUGUGUCCACUCACUGGGUUAGAUCUCUGUGCUCGUUUCCUUUUAAUCUGCACCAGUCCCGUGACUGCAGUAGAAUCACAGAGGAGGCCUUAGCAGCUCAGCAUCUGGUGUCAACAUGAACAUUAUGUCCAACUCCACAGAGACUGGCUGGAUGCCUGCUUUGUGGCCCGCUUUCAAAAUGUCACUUUGGCUGCUUUCUCUAUCCCCAAUUAAGACUCCAGGUGUGGUUAGUUUUGCACAUUUAAUUCCGGCUUAACUCCACUUUGAUAUUUUCUAAAAAAUAUUAGAUUCCAAAUAAGAGGAAGCAGAGGAUUCUCUCUGAUGAGCAGAUUAAUUUGCCCCCCUGGUUGAGGUCUAACAAUGGUGUCAGUUGUCUUGAGUUCCACUCUUCCUUCACUCUGGCAAAGCUCAUCAGUGUGCUCGCUGAGUUCCACUCUUCCUUCACUCUGGCAAAGCUCAUCAGUGUGCUCGCUGAGUUCCACUCUUCCUUCACUCUGGCAAAGCUCAUCAGUGUGCUCGCUGAGUUCCACUCUUCCUUCACUCUGGCAAAGCUCAUCAGUGUGCUCGCUGAGUUCAACACUCUUCCUUCACUCUGGCAAAGCUCAUCAGUGUGCUCGCUGAGUUCCACUCUUCCUUCACUCUGGCAAAGCUCAUCAGUGUGCUCGCUGAGUUCCACUCUUCCUUCACUCUGGCAAAGCUCAUCAGUGUGCUCGCUGAGUUCAACAUGGACAGGAAACUCAUCACCAAUCAAUACCUGGCCAUUACUGUGUGUCAGAAGAACUGGCCCCAUGCCCUGUAGGAUGAGGAAAACAUGAAUCAUGUGAAGCUGUGCCUUCUAUUUCACCUGUCUUUGACUUACUUAGCAAAUUUCUUAUUUUAAAUGACUUCUCAACAUGACUGAACAGCAGUAGCUGGGCAGAUCAGAUGGUAUAACACAGGGUGGUCUAACACAGCGUGCAUACCUACCUGUGUUAGCCUUUUAUACUUCUCAACAUGACUGAACAGCAGUAGCUGGGCAGAUCAGAUG